AUGGCAAAAGUCGACGAUUUCAACGAUAGACAAGACGAAAUCGACGCUCAGAACGAGCCAUAUCAUCCUUAUGAAUAUCAGACGGAGGAAAAUGAGUCGUGGGCAGGCGCCCUGCCUGUGAAGCAAGGUCUAUAUGAUCCUGGGCUUGAAAAGGAUGCAUGCGGAGUAGGAUUUGCAUGUAACAUCAAGGGCAAGGCGAGCCACAAGAUUGUCAGCGAUGCGCGAAACCUCCUCUGUAACAUGACCCAUCGGGGUGCGGUGGGUUCCGAUGCACGAGAUGGAGAUGGGGCGGGAGUUAUGACUUCGAUUCCUCACAAGUUUUUCAUCAAGAAUUUCGAGCGCGAACAGGAUAUCAAGCUUCCUCCAUUGGGGCAAUAUGCGGUGGGAAAUCUCUUCUUCAAACCAGAUGAGGAAACUCUGCAAGAAUCAAAGAGACAAUUGGAAGAGAUCUCUGAAUCUCUAGGCUUGAGAGUUUUGGGAUGGCGAGAGCCUCCCAAGGAUUCCACUCUUCUUGGUCCCGCUGCUGCUUCCCGUGAGCCUAUUAUUUUGCAGCCAUUCGUUGUGCUAGCAUCUGCAUAUGGCUAUGGCAAAUCGCCAGAGACUACAGACCCCCAACAUUUUGAUGAGAAAUAUUUCGAAAGACAGCUCUACGUAUUGCGAAAGCGUGCCACCCAUACCAUAGGACUUCACAACUGGUUUUAUUUGUGUUCGCUUUCUAACAAGAAUAUCGUUUACAAAGGCCAGUUGGCCCCCGUCCAGGUUUAUCAAUACUAUUAUGAUUUGGUAAAUGCCGACUACGAAGCCCACUUUGCCCUCGUCCACUCCCGGUUCUCGACGAAUACCUUUCCGUCCUGGGACCGUGCUCAACCACUGCGUUGGGCAGCACACAAUGGUGAAAUCAAUACCCUACGGGGUAAUAAGAACUGGAUGCGCGCUCGUGAGGGUGUUAUGCGGUCUGACGUUUUUGGCGAUGAGAUGGAACAGCUCUAUCCGAUUGUUGAAGAUGGAGGCUCUGACUCUGCUGCGUUCGAUAAUGUUCUCGAGUUGCUGACCAUCAAUGGUGUUUUAUCUUUGCCAGAAGCUGUCAUGCUUAUGGUUCCAGAAGCAUGGCAAGACAACGCGGCAAUGGACCCAGCAAAAGCUGCAUUCUAUGAAUGGGCUGCAUGCCAAAUGGAGCCUUGGGAUGGACCCGCACUUUUCACAUUUGCUGAUGGCAGAUACUGCGGUGCAAACUUGGACCGAAAUGGUCUCCGACCUUGCAGAUACUAUGUGAUGGAUGAUGACAGAAUCAUUUGUGCGUCUGAAGUUGGUACCAUUCAGGUUGAUCCAGAGAGAGUUAUCCUUAAAGGUCGUCUUCAGCCAGGAAAGAUGCUGCUUGUGGAUACCCUCGCUGGUCGCAUCAUUGAUGAUUCCGAACUCAAGAGCAAAGUCGCCAACAGGCACAACUUCCGAAACUGGCUAGAGAAGGAGUUGAUUAGCUUGCCAAAGGUUCACGAGACCCUCAUUACCCGUGGCUCCGUUGAUCUUGCGGCAAAGCCUGAUACUGCUACAAUCCAAGAGGAUGCUCUGCUGAAGGCGUUCGGCUACUCUUUCGAGCAGGUCAGUUUGUUGUUGGGACCAAUGGCAUCUGACGAAAAGGAGGCACUUGGAUCUAUGGGCAAUGAUGCGCCUUUGGCAUGCUUAGCACAAGCUCCGAGACUGCUUUACGAAUACUUCAGACAGCUCUUCGCACAAGUCACCAAUCCUCCAAUCGAUCCCAUUCGAGAGGCCAUUGUCAUGUCCUUGGAAUGUUAUGUCGGUCCUCAAGGUAAUCUUCUGGAGAUGGACUCUUCCCAGUGCGCACGAUUGUUACUGCCAACCCCAGUGUUGUCAAUUCCUGAGUUUAACGCGCUGAAGAACAUUAACAAGCUACACUCUAGCUGGACCGUGAAGGUUAUUGACUUGACUUUCCCUAAGUCUGAAGGCGUCCAGGGUUACAUCAACCAUCUUGACUACAUCUGCGACCAAGCCACAGCCGCGAUCGAGAACAAGGACCGUAUCAUUAUCCUCUCUGACCGAGCAACGUCCGCCGAUCGUGUCCCGGUAUCUGCUCUCCUUGCCUCCGGUAUGGUUCAUCAUCACUUGGUGAACAACAAGUGGCGAUCUCUUGCUGCAUUGGUUCUAGAGACCGCCGAAGCUCGUGAGGUUCAUCACAUGUGCGUGUUGUUGGGAUAUGGUGCUGAUGCAAUCAAUCCAUAUCUUGCCAUGGAAUGUAUCUUGAAGCUGAACCGCGAGGGUCUCAUCAGGAAGAAGCUUAGUGAUGAUGAUUUGAUUCGUAACUACAAGUACUCUGCUGACGGUGGUAUUCUCAAAGUCAUGAGUAAGAUGGGCAUUUCCACGCUUGCCAGUUAUAAGGGCGCCCAAAUUUUUGAAGCUCUUGGAGUUGAUGACACUGUUGUUGACCGAUGCUUCAAAGGGACAGCAACAAGAAUUAAGGGUAUCACCUUUGAGCUCAUUGCCGAGGAUGCCUUCCGAUUUCACGAAAAGGGAUUCCCGUCCCGCUACACUGUCAGCAUCCCUGGUCUUGUAGAAUCAGGUGAGUAUCAUUGGCGGGAUGGUGGAGAGCCGCACAUCAACGAUCCUACUUCAAUUGCCAACAUUCAAGACGCCGUUCGUACCAAGAACGAUAAGUCAUACGAGGCAUACUCACUUUCUGAGUACGAGCAGAUCAAAGCCUGCACUCUCCGCGGGCUGCUUGAUUUCAAUUUCGAAGAUAGCUCCCCUGUGCCGAUCGAUCAGGUCGAGCCAUGGACCGAAAUCGUCCGCAGAUUCUGCACUGGUGCCAUGUCUUACGGUUCCAUCUCUAUGGAGUCUCACUCCACGCUUGCUGUAGCUAUGAACCGUCUUGGUGGCAAGUCGAACACCGGUGAAGGUGGUGAAGAUCCUGAACGUUCUGAGAGGAUGACGAAUGGAGAUACCAUGAGAUCAGCGAUUAAGCAGGUCGCUUCGGGUCGAUUCGGAGUUACAUCCAACUAUUUGGCUGAUUCGGAUGAGAUUCAGAUCAAGAUGGCCCAGGGCGCCAAGCCUGGAGAGGGAGGUGAGCUUCCCGGUCACAAAGUAUCAAAGUCUAUUGCGCGUACACGUCACUCGACCCCAGGCGUUGGUCUCAUCUCGCCACCACCUCACCACGAUAUUUACUCUAUCGAGGAUUUGAAGCAAUUGAUCUAUGAUCUAAAGUGCUCCAACCCACGUGCUAGAGUAUCUGUCAAGCUUGUCUCUGAGACUGGUGUCGGUAUUGUUGCUUCUGGUAGAGAUGUUGCAAUCGCCUGUCUUCUCGGUGCUGAGGAGUGGGGCUUUGCUACGACUCCUCUUAUUGCUAUGGGCUGUAUUAUGAUGAGGAAGUGCCACCUUAACACAUGUCCUGUCGGUAUUGCUACCCAAGAUCCUGAACUUCGAAAGAAGUUCACGGGUACCCCAGAGCACGUCAUCAACUUCUUCUAUUAUAUCGCCAAUGAGUUGCGUGCGAUCAUGGCAAAGCUUGGUUUCAGAACUAUCAACGAGAUGGUUGGCCACGCCGAGAAGUUGAGAGUCCGCGAAGAUCUUCGUACCAACAAGACUCAAAACAUCGACCUGUCUCUUAUUCUCACCCCAGCACACAAGCUCCGUCCUGGUGUUGCUACGUUCAAUGUCCGCAAACAAGAUCACCGACUUUAUGUCAGAUUGGACAACAAACUCAUCUCUGAAGCGGAGUUGACUCUUGAUAAGGGGCUUCCAUCACGGAUUGAGUGUGACAUUGUUAAUACAGACCGAGCUAUGGGCACAUCACUUUCGUACCAAAUCUCUAAGCGAUAUGGUGAGGAUGGUCUACCAAUGGAUACGGUGCAUGUCAACAUCAAGGGCUCUGCUGGACAAUCUUUCGGCGCUUUCUGUGCCCCUGGAGUUACGCUUGAGCUUGAAGGUGACGCCAAUGACUACGUCGGAAAGGGUUUGUCUGGAGGACGUCUCAUCGUCUACCCACCACGUGCCGCUGUCUUCAAGGCUGAAGAGAACGUCAUUGUCGGAAACGUCUGCUUAUACGGAGCGACGAGUGGAACCUGCUUCUUCCGUGGUAUCGCCGCCGAGAGAUUUGCUGUCCGUAACUCAGGUGCUAUCGCUGUUGUUGAAGGUGUAGGAGAUCACGGAUGUGAGUACAUGACUGGUGGUCGUGUCCUCAUUCUUGGAAGCACUGGACGCAACUUCGCUGCCGGUAUGUCUGGUGGUAUUGCCUACAUUCUCGAUAUCCAGCAAGAUUUCAUGUCCAAACUCAACCCCGAAAUGGUUGAGGCUUCUGGUAUCGAUGAUCCUACUGAAAUAGCCUACGUCCGUAGCUUGAUCGAGGAUCACCAUCAUUACACGGGUUCCGAGCUGGCAGCACGUAUUCUUCUCGACUUCAACCGAGCACUUCCUCGCUUUGUCAAGGUUCUUCCUGUCGACUACAAACGCGUUUUGGCGGAAGAAGCUGCCAAGGCUGCUGAGCUAAAGCGAGCUGAAUUCCAAAUGCCGUUCCUUCCUGGAAAUCCUCAAUUGGAAAAGCCGAAGGAACAUAAGAAGAAAUCGGAUCUCCAAGAUAUCGAAGAGACCAUUGGUGACGCAGCCAAGGAAAAAAAGAGAUCUCUUGUGCUGGACAAGACAAAGGGCUUCAUGAAGUAUCAACGCCGAUCAGAGAAAUACCGCAACGCCAAGACCAGAACCCGUGAUUGGGCCGAGCUGUCCAAGCGUCUUGAUGAAGAUGAACUCAAGUACCAAGCUGCUCGUUGCAUGGACUGUGGUGUUCCAUUCUGUCAGUCCGACUCUGGAUGUCCAAUCUCCAACAUCAUUCCAAAAUGGAAUGAAUUGGUCUUUCAAAAUCAAUGGAGAGAUGCUCUCAACCGAUUGUUAAUGACCAACAAUUUCCCUGAGUUCACCGGACGUGUUUGCCCAGCUCCUUGCGAGGGUGCUUGUGUUCUCGGCAUCAACGAAGAUCCAGUCGGUAUCAAGUCCAUUGAGUGCGCUAUUAUUGAUCGAGGAUUCGACAUGGGAUGGAUGAUUCCACAACCACCAAAGGUUCGGACUGGAAAGACUGUUGCCGUCAUAGGAUCGGGUCCUGCAGGUUUGGCAUGUGCGGACCAGUUGAACAAAGCUGGUCAUCAAGUCACUGUUUACGAACGUGCUGACCGCUGCGGUGGUCUUCUCAUGUACGGAAUUCCCAACAUGAAACUUGACAAGAAGAUUGUCAAGCGUCGUACAGACUUUAUGGCCGCUGAGGGUAUUGAGUUCAAGACCGGUGUUGCAAUUGGUCAAGACAUUACUCUCAUGGAUCUGAAGGCAGAGAACGAUGCCGUUGUCAUUGCCACUGGAGCCACAGUUGCUCGCGAUCUUCCGAUCAAGAACCGAGGUCUCGAGGGCAUCCACUUCGCUAUGCAAUUCUUGCACAAGAACACGAAGUCUCUCCUUGACUCCGAGCUCGAUGAUGGUGAGUUCAUCUCUGCCAAGGGUAAGAACGUCGUUGUCAUUGGUGGUGGCGAUACUGGAAAUGAUUGUAUCGGUACCUCCGUUCGUCAUGGCGCAAAGUCGGUCACCAACUUCGAAUUGCUACCACAGCCACCCAAUGAGCGUGCUCGUGAUAACCCAUGGCCACAAUGGCCAAGAAUCUACCGUGUCGACUACGGUCACACCGAAGUGAAGCAACAUAUGGGCAACGAUCCUCGUGAGUACUGUGUUAUGUCUGAGGAGUUCGUAGACGAUGGUGAGGGCAAGGUUAAAGGUAUCAACACUAUCCGAGUCGAGUGGACCAAGUCUUCCACUGGAGGCUGGGACAUGAAGAAGAUUGAAGGUUCUCAACAGUUCUUCCCUGCCGAGCUCGUACUUUUGUCCAUGGGUUUCUUGGGUCCUGAGGAUCGUGUCCUUGGAGAGGAGGUUGAGAAAGAUGCUCGCAAGAACGUCAAGACACCACCUGGAAAGUACCACACCAACGUUGAGGGUGUCUUUGCUGCUGGUGAUUGUCGUCGUGGACAAUCCUUGAUUGUUUGGGGUAUUAAUGAAGGUCGUCAGUCCGCUCGCGAAGUUGAUCUUUACCUAGAGAAGUCCACUCUUCUUCCUAUCACCGGGGGAAUUGUUAAGCGUACCGCCAACGAAAUUCUUGGUAAGCAACUCUCUCACGAGGUGAAAGGACGUGCAGAGCGCGCUCCUAUCCAAGUUGCAGCCGCAGCAUCUUGA